AUGCCCACUGUGCAGGACAUUCCACAGGGGAUAUCUGUGGCUCCAGUCACCAUCACUAAAAUUCAGCAAGAGUCUAUUGAGAGCCAAGAGAUUAGGGGACCAGAAAAAGUAGUCUCCAGUAUGAGUCACAUGUAUUCUUCUUCCAUUUCCACCUCAGGUCAGCCCCCUGAAAGCCUACCUAGCCUUGUCACUCAAGUGGUCACCACUGAGGUCCAGAGGACCACUGUCUCUGUUGUUCAUGAAAGACUCCCACAGGUUCCUCCACCGAGUGUAGCAAUCACUAUACAACCAGACAUUGCUAAAGUCCAACCUGUGCCCAAACAAAAUGGUAAAAUAAUCUAUCCUGGUGAUGUUAUUGAUUUACGCACUAUGAAGGUUGGCAUAAAGAUGACUGAGCAAGGCAUGGACCUCACUCCACCUGAGUCAUGUCGACAGUCUUUUUCAAGUGAUUCUAGUGGACGUCAAAUCACAGCAGUACAGCCGGAGAUUGUGAAUCUUAGUGCAGAGAUCACCCCUGCAACCACACUGUCUGUUGUUACUGACAGCAUCACAAUAGUCACAUGCACAGCCACCAUUGCAUCAUACAACAACACUCCAGCAGAGAAACCGCUUGAUUUGCAAGGCCCUGUUAUGUCAUUACCUCUACCUCUCACCACAUACAAACCAUUCGAACCACUAGCACAGAUUGUAUACAGACCUGUGAACUCUCAGCCCAAGGUCAGUGCUGUAGCAUCUACAGCUCAAGACAUACCCAUUAAUCUGUCUUUGGAAGCUCUUGUCUCCUCUGGAGGAAAACAGCCAAUGACUACAACCCCAACAGUUAUCAGAAAUGGCAGUCCUGUCCUCUCUCUAGAGGCCACAGGGGCAAUGGAUCUGUCAAACUACAGACCAGUGAGAGCUAUGGUUGCUUUGUCUGGUACAAGCCCAGGAGUGGUCACCACUGUUGUAGAAGAUGAUGGAACGCCAGUGGACCUUACAGCUGGUAGAAGGAGUGUAUGCUGUGAUGUAAUUUACAAGCUACCAUUUACAGGAAGCUGCAGGACACAGCCUCCAGUUACAACCCAGCCUGACAACCGUUUUGGAUACAGAGACGACCACUAUCAAUAUGAUAAUGCUGGACUGUACGGUAUCAAAGGAAUGAAUGGAAUAAAAGCAUCACUGUCUGAGACCAACCUCACAGAGGCAGGACUCUUCCCCUAUGAUCCCAAGAAUGACUAUGACUACCUCAGUGGAUCUUCAGAUGGCGCCAUAGACCUCACUGCUGCUAAACUUUCUGCCGGUAAAGCACUAGACUACACUAGCAAAGCUGUUGGACUCUACCCUGCGAUGACUGCUGCUCCAUUCUCCCAGGUCCCUGCAGCUGGGUUUGGUGUAAAUAGUGUUCUAAGAACCUCAGAUGGAAUAGUUUAUUCCUCUGUUGCUGCCCCAGUUCCAUCAACAUAUGCAAUUACAACUCAACCAGGCUCCAUCUUUAGCACUACCUUAACACCAACAUCAAUAGUCCAGAACCAAUCACUGCCACAUCCGUAUGGCUUCAUUCCCACUACAGAUCCAGGACAGAUAGUUCCUUUUGACACUGAGCUACAUAAGGAGCUACUACCCACAGCUUUGGCAGACAUUAUAACUGGCUAUCCUGACAUGUACUCAGACACAACCCUGGAAGCAAUUGCUGCCUCUCUGGAUGCCUUAGCUUCGUCUCCAAUAUUCCCUGGCUUAGACAACACCAAAAUGGCCCAGUAUCAGAUGGAGAGGGAGUUUCUAGAACUGGAAAAGCUAAAGCAGCUAUGUCUUGCUGAGGAGCUGGAGUGGGAAAGGCAGGAAAUCCAGCGUUACAGAGAACAGGAGCAGCUUAUGGUCCAAAGAGAGCUUGAGGAACUUCAGGCUCUAAAACAGCAGCUUCUCCUACAACAGGAAGAGGAGCAUCAUGCCCACAUGGUGGCCCAGCAAGAGACCUAUGCCCAGCAGAAAGAGCAGUUGCAGCAAAUCCAACAACUCCAAUUGCAACUCCAGCGGCAGCUAGACGAGCACUAUGGUACCACUGGCACCACAGGCAACCUCCUAGACGCUAAAUAUGCAGGAGCUGAUCAGGACAUAGGGAAAAAAAUAAUUGAUAGUGGGGUGCAGACAGAUGAUGAAGACUCAGCAGAGAAGCAGCAUGUGGGCAGGAGAAAGAAGAAUAAGAGAAAUAUUGAUAGCUCAGCUCAGACUGAUGAUGAGGACCAAGAUGAAUGGGAUGCUCCUACAAAAGCUCGACGACGCUCUCGAAAGCAUAGCAAUGAUGGGAAACAUGGCUCCAAGGUCUCCAGCAUUGCUAUCCAGACAGUGGCAGAGAUAUCUGUCCAAACUGACCACUCUGGAACCAUCAAACGACCCAAUGUCCAGCUGGACACAAAGGUAGAGAUCAUCAAGCAUAUAUCAGCUCCAGAGAACUCUCAGAGGGGUGGCAGUCUGAGCUGUCAGACAGACUCCGACAGAAGGCACACACCGAUUGAGCUGGGCUACAGCACACACCUGACAGCAGACAUUCCCUCGAAGUCUAAAGUCUUCUACACCCAAGUCUCCCCCAUGUCCCCAGAGAAGUCACUUGGAGGGCAGAGGAUGCUGACUGCAGACCCAACCAGAUUUUCUUCUGGCCCUCGGAUAUUAAAGGCUGGUCAGAAGUCUUUAUCUGAUCCAAAAUCCCUUAGUCCUUCCACAGACGACAGGAUGGGUGGAUACUAUGCAGACAGCUAUUCUAGUCGAGGAUCUCCCUCUAGUACAGGUAAGAAGGUAAAGCGGACACUACCAGACCCCCCUCCUGAGGAUGACUCUUUGACAGGACGGUCAGGCUACAGCACCAACUCUGCUCGUCGCCGCCUUGCCCGCAGUACAACAAUGGCACGGGCAAAGAUUCUGCAAGACAUUGACAAGGAGCUUGAUCUGGUGGAGAGAGAAUCUUCUAAACUUCGCAAGAAACAGGCUGAGUUAGAUGAAGAGGAAAAGGAGAUUGAUGCCAAGCUACGGUACCUGGAGAUGGGUAUCAACCGCCGUAAGGAGGCCUUGCUGAAGGAGAGAGAAAAGAGGGAGAGGGCUUAUCUCCAGGGGGUGGCGGAGGAAAGAGACUACAUGUCAGACAGCGAGGUUAGCAACAUCAGAGAGGCCAGGGGAGAUGGCCUUGAGAGACCACGGACGGCUCCCCAGUCGGAAUUCGACCAAUUCAUCCCCCCACAGACAGAAGCCGAUUCUCAGUACAACACAUUAACUAGUCCCUACUCUCACUAUGCUCAGUAUGUUCCCCAGACCCAAACAACCAGCCAUUACACCCAGCAGAAUCUGUAUCAGCAGCAAUCCCUUUACCACCAACAGGUGUCUCCUUACCCAACCUUAUCCCUCUCCCAUGGCCAGGGUCAGCCUAGCAGCUACCAACAUGCUUUGCUCCUGCAGCAAGGAAAGCAGCGACAAACGACCCUGUCAGAUUUAGAGCCUAAAAUUACCACCAACUACGAGGUGAUACGCAACCAGCCUCUGCUCAUUGUGCCAACCUCAGCAGAAAGUGGCUACGGGGUGGCUCACCUUGGGGGAAAGUAUGGCAACUUGGACUUGAGGCUCGGAUUAGAAGAGAGGAGCAUGGCCUCUAGUCCCAUGUCCAGCAUUUCUGCUGAUUCUUUCUAUGCUGAUAUUGACCACCAUAAUGCCAGGAACUAUGUGCUCAUAGAAGACAUAGGAGAGCUCACCAAGACCUCAACAGGGUUGAGCAAUACUGGUUUGGGUUCUGGAUUCAACCUGCCUGAUAAGGAGUUGUCCAAAGCAGACAGACUACUCAGGGCAGCAGAAGUCAGGCGCACAGCAGAGGUGGCAGAAUUUUUAGGCUCAUCUCGGCUUCAGGGAUAUGGUAAAGGAGAAGAUGACACAAUGGAGGAGCCCUAUGAGCUGAAGCUACUGAAGCAGCAGAUCAAGCAGGAGUUCAGGCGAGGAACUGAGGGACUGGAACACCUAACAGGCUUGGGCCUGCCCCAGUACCUUCCCAGUGAUAGCAGUUUUCGCCACUUUCCUAAAGGAGAAAAAUAUAGCAUUGGCAGGCUCACCCUUGAAAAACAGGCUGCAAAGCAACUCCCAGCAGCUAUGCUUUACCAGAAACAGAUGAAGAACAAAAAAGCUCUAAUAGACCCUAAGGCCAUCACCAAAUUUUCCCCAAUUCAGGAGAGCAGGGAUCUUGAGCCUGAAUUUGGCAGCUACAUGGGAUCUGGUGCCUCCUCUGUAUCCAGUCUGGCUGCUAGGGCUAGGUUGCUUCAGGAUGAGAUUACAUUUGGGCUAAGAAAGAACUUGUCUGAGCAACAAAAAUAUCUAGGCUCCUCUCUAGGGGCCAACCUAUCUGGUUCUCUUAAUCUUGGCCAGUCCCUUGGACUGGGAUCCACUAUCAGAGCAACUGUCCAGGAUGAUGGCACCUACCCAAGUGGCACCCGUUCCCGCCCCUCUUCUCGCCCCUCAUCUCGCCCUUCUUCUGUUUAUGGCUUGGAUCUAUCUAUCAAACGGGACCUAUCCAGUUCCUCACUUAGACUUAAAACCGAGGGAGAGGUCCUGGAUGCAGCAUUUGCCCCUGGGGUGGCCAGAGCAAAGCCCACCAGUUUACCUAUCAGCCAAAGCCGCGGCCGUAUCCCCAUUGUGGCUCAGAACUCUGAGGAGGAGAGCCCUCUGAGCCCAGUGGGGCAGCCUAUGGGUAUGGCUAGAGCUUCAGCUGGUCCUCUCCCUCCUAUUUCUGCUGACUCCAGGGACCAGUUUGGGUCUAGCCAUUCCCUGCCAGAGGUACAGCAACAUAUGAGGGAGGAAUCUCGCACUCGUGGCUAUGAUCGAGACAUCGCAUUCAUCAUGGAUGACUUGCAAGGCGCCAUGUCUGACAGCGAAGCACUAAGUGAGUCCAUGCUGGUUUUGAACAGAGAUGAUGCCAGAAUCUUUCAUGAAAGUAUCAGACACGCCUACCACCUAAGGAGAGAGGACACUGAUUGGUUUGAUAAGCCGAGAGAAGGGCAUCCUCAAAGUGGAAGCAUGUCGGACAGGAGACAGAUGAAACUGGUCCCUUACGCCUUCCCUCACACUCGCAUCAAGCUUAAGAGAGACAUGAAGGACACCAGUGUGUCAGGGAACGGACUUGGGAUCCGUGUGGUAGGUGGGAAGGAGAUUCCGGGGAGCCGUGGAGAGAUCGGAGCCUACAUCGCCAAGGUUAUCCCCGGCGGUGCGGCUGAGCAAACAGGCAAAGUUGUAGAGGGAAUGCAGGUGUUGGAGUGGAACGGGGUCCCUCUAAUGGGAAAGACUUAUGAAGAAGUGCAGUGCAUCAUGGGCCAGCCAUGUGCAGAGGCGGAGCUCUGCGUGAGACUCGACCUUAAUAUGCUGUCUGACCCUGAGCACCCACAAGCCCUGGAGCACCAUGUCCAGCUUAAGGCUGGUGGGCAGCGCUCUCCUGGUGUCGAUCCUAAGCAGCUGGCCGCGGAACUGCAGAAGGUGUCCCAGCAGCAGGCUCCUGGUCUGGCAGUUGUUGGACCUGGGGGUCUGGGGGUCCUCUCUGCAUUGGAGCGCUCCGCCCUCCUCCACUCGGGCGCUGGAUCAGCAGCUUCCAGCGGGGUGCCAAGCCCCGGCCAGCCUGCAUCUCCUGCCAUAAACAAGAAACAGCGACACAAGGUGAAACCGUGUGAUACAGUGAUGAGAGUGCCUCAUCCCAUCACAGGAGAAAUUCAGCUCCAGAUCAACUACGACAGAAACCUCGGAAAUCUGAUCGUCCACGUCCUGCAGGCUAGAAACCUGGCCCCACGGGACAACGACGGCUACUCCGACCCUUUCGUGAAGGUCUACCUUUUACCCGGGCGAGGCCAAGUCAUGGUUGUCCAGAAUGCAAGUGCUGAUAACAAGAGAAGGACCAAGUAUGCCCAGAAGACCAUGAACCCGGAAUGGAACCAGACUGUCAUCUACAAGAACAUUCAUUUGGAGCAGUUGAAGAAAAAGACGCUGGAGGUGACAGUGUGGGACUAUGACAGAUCCUCCUCCAACGACUUUCUUGGAGAAGUACUGAUUGACUUGUCCAACACCGCCCAGCUCGACAACACCCCUCGCUGGCUGCCUCUGAAGGAGCAGAGUGAAAGCAUCGAACACAGCAGAGCCCACCACGCUGCCCAAGGCCCACCAGGGUCUGGAUCAGACGGAAGUCACGAUUCACCUAAAAACUCUGUCAUCAAGAGUAGAAGCCAUGGAAUCUUCCCUGAUCCAGCCAAAGACAUGCAAAUGAUGCCUUUGGAAAAGUCACACAGCAGCCCGGGCAGCUCCAAGUCUUCCUCGGACGGGCAGCUGCGCUCCCACGGCCCCUCCCGAAGCCAAAGCAAGAGCAGCGUCACUCAGGCCCACCUAGAGGAUGCUGGGAUAGCCAUUGCCGCUGCCGAGGCUGCCGUGCAACAAUCCCGCCUGCAACCAAGACCAGGACACCGGCUCGGUGAUGUCUCAGGGUCAGUGGUGCUGUCUGCCCCGAGUCUUGUUGGAGACGCCUAUGGAGGUCUGGAUGUGGAAGAGGGGGCGGACACCGGAGUGGACAGUGCCAUUUUUCAAGUGCCACGAAUUGGUAAGACUAUUCCCAACGGCACCGACAAAAACCAACUGGGGACUGCAGAAAAUGAAGGUGGUAAAACACAAGUAAUGGGGGAGAUCAAGGUUGCUCUCAAGAAGGAGGUGAAGACAGAAGGGGACCAACUGGUCUUGGAGAUCCUUCAAUGCAGAAACAUCACUUACAAGUUCAAAAGCCCGGACCACCUACCAGACCUCUAUGUGAAGUUGUAUGUGGUGAAUGUGGCCACUCAGAAGAGGAUCAUCAAGAAGAAGACCAGAGUCUGUCGACAUGACAGAGAGCCUUCUUUUAACGAGACCUUCAGAUUCCCUCUCAACCCAACUGGACACUCCAUACAGCUUUUCUUGGUGUCUAACGGCGGGAAGUUCAUGAAGAAGACCCUGAUCGGAGAAGCCUACAUCUGGCUGGACAAGGUGGACAUGCGGAAGAGAGUGGUCAGCUGGCACAAGCUGUUCGUCAGCUCCACCCAGACCAACCCCUGA